ACUCACAGUUUGCUCAGCCUAGUGGUUAUUACAGUAUCAUGUCUGGACGCGGCAAGCAGGGCGGCAAGGCUCGCGCCAAGGCCAAGACUCGGUCUUCCCGCGCUGGGCUCCAGUUCCCCGUGGGCCGAGUGCACCGCCUGCUCCGCAAGGGCAACUAUGCCGAGCGGGUCGGGGCCGGCGCGCCGGUGUACCUGGCGGCGGUGCUGGAGUACCUGACGGCCGAGAUCCUGGAGCUGGCGGGCAACGCGGCCCGCGACAACAAAAAGACGCGCAUCAUCCCGCGCCACCUGCAGCUGGCCAUCCGCAACGACGAGGAGCUCAACAAGCUACUGGGCAAAGUGACGAUCGCGCAGGGUGGCGUCCUGCCCAACAUUCAGGCGGUGCUGCUGCCCAAGAAGACCGAGAGCCACCACAAGGCAAAGGGGAAAUAAAGUCUCAGUUAUAACUAAUAACUACGUCCA